AUGGAUGUUUAUUCGCUUAUUAACCACGAUCAAUGUAAACCGUCUAAUUCUCCUCCUCCACAAACUUAUCAGCCCUCGACAUCACAGGAACAAGUUAAUUGUAUACCCGAAUUCUCUUCAUUCGAACAUCAAAAGGAAAAUAUUUUACCUUUAAAACAAGGUCGAAGUAGUGCUUCUUUGUCUCGAGUUUUCUCUGGUGAUCCUUAUUCUCUCGAAAUUGACUUACAAGCUGGUCAUGCUCAAUUCAAGGCAGAGCUUGAAAAUCUCAAUGAACUUGACGAUCCUUUUGAUGUUUAUCAUCGUUACAUAAAAUGGACGAUUGAAAAUUAUCCCCAAGGCCAAACCCCUCAGUCAAAUUUAAUCCAACUUUUGGAACGCGCUUCUCUAAGUUUCGUCAAUGAUUCGCGUUAUAAAAGUGACCCAAGAUAUCUGAGAUGCUGGUUGCAAUAUGCAAGUUUUGUCGGAAAAACAAAACAACUAUUUGAUUUCUUGAAGACCAACGAAAUUGGCCUUAAUUUAGCUGCUUAUUACGAGGAAUAUGCUGAACUGCUGGAAAGUAUGGAAAGAUAUCAUGAUGCGGAAGAAAUAUUUAUAUCAGGAAUUAAUAAAAAAGCUCAACCACUAGAACGUCUUAUUCGUCGAUACAGACAAUUUAAAGAGCGUUUAAAUUUAUCCCGCCAGGGAAAUAUACAUGAUUUAGAAUUAUCCCAAAAUGUUCCUCAUAUUGAUAAUUCACAUCGAACAAUUCUUGGUAUAAAAACUUCUGCUUCAUCAGCACAAUCAGUUCCGUUAAACAUCUUUAAUCAAAGAAAUUCUACACUUCCAAGUAUCGCUGGAUUAACUACUUAUCAACAUGACCAUUUUGACAGGAAUAACGAGAAAUUUUCUGUAUUUCAUGACCCAAAUGGUGAAUUAGGGAAUGCCGCAUUAGUAUUAGCGGGAAAUAAUUCUUCAUGGAAUAAUUAUGGGACAGAGAUUGCUAAUAAAAAAGAAAACAUUAGGGAUGCUGAAAAAUGGAAAGGAGUAACGUUGCCUCAAGCCAAAAAGCCAUGUGUGCCAACUACAAAAUUAAAAAUUUAUCAUGAUGAACUUCGGAAUGAGAAAUCAUUUGUAGAUCUUAAUACUAUUUAUGUUGAUGGGAACGAAUUUUCUUUUGAAGAACUUCGAGCAAUGACUUUAAAACGGCAAUCAACAAUUCCCUGCGAUUACGAUAAUAGAAUGUGUGUGGAUAAUGACGAAAAUAAUAUUAAUAAAUUAGUAUCUAUGGAUCAAAAUUUGAAAAACGAAUCUGAUUUAAAAAAUAAUCGUUCCUCAAUUUUACUUCCUAUAAAAGAUGCUAUCAUUCGUCGAUCAAACGUCAAUGUAGCAAAUGAAACUAAUCAAGCUAUUCAUGUAUCAAGUACAACUUAUAAUAUUAGAGAAUAUAAUCAAUUUAUUCCCGAGUCAAGAUCAGCUAAUGAAGUCGGUGAAUAUAAUCAAGCUAUUCCUGUGUCAAGUGCAAAUUAUAAUAUUAGAGAACACAAUCAGUCUAUUCCCGAGUCAAGAUCAACUCAUGAAGUCGGUGAAUAUAAUCAAGCUAUUACUGUGUCAAGUGCAAAUUAUAAUAUUAGAGAACACAAUCAGUCUAUUCCCGAGUUAAGAUCAACUCAUGAAGUCGGUGAAUAUAAUCAAGCUAUUCCUGUGUCAAGUGCAAAUUAUAAUAUUAGAGAACACAAUCAAUCUAUUCCCGAGUCAAGAUCAACUCAUGAAGUCGGUGAAUAUAAUCAAGCUAUUCCUGUGUCAAGUCCUAGGUCAAUUUCUCCAAAGAAACUUACAAAAAAGCCAUCUCCAACUAUUAACACUAAAGCUGCUUUGGCAGAUAUAAUGGAGUUUUUUAAUCAACCAAUGAACUAUGAAAAGUCUGAUGAUGAUACAGAUGAAGAUGAUAUAACAUCUGCAUCAAAAUAUGACAAACUUUUUAUUCACAGAACUCCUCGGAAUAAUAUUGUAAAUGAUGAAAAUAUUGCUCCACCAAAUUAUUCUGAUAAUCAUGGUAAUUUUAGAAUGGUUCCAUUUGAACUCUUAACACCAAUACAAGAGACUAGUCGAGAGUAUAGAUCAACCUCCAAUACAUCUAUAUAUCAAUCAGAUGGUUUUAUAACUUUAGAUUUAGGAUCUGUGAUUGAAACGCCAAAGUCUAAAAAUUUAGAACAAUUUGGUGAAUCUCUCUUUACAAAACCUACUCAAUUAUUCCCGGUACUUUCAAAUCCUUGUAACCCACUUGAGACUAGAUUAAUUGACAAAAUUUUGUCAUCUUUAAGUCCUUCAUUGUUACAAUAUCCUGGUUUUUAUGAUAUGAGAGGCGAAUAUUCAAAUAAUCACGCUAAGUUAGAAAGAAUUGCUCGAAAUUGGGAUAAAAACUGUCGGCGUCGUACCAGUAAUGCAACAAAUUUAGAUGAACCAAUCAGAUUGUUUAAUGACUCCUUUUUAAUCCGUCAAAAGAUUGGUGAAGGCGCAUAUGGCAAAGUUUAUCGUGUAUUGGAUAUGAAGUUCAUGACCGAAAGUCAUAAAGACCCCCGGGUAUCACGUGCUUUAAAACUUCAAAUACCUUCCACGGCUUGGGAAUUUUAUAUAAUCCGAAAAUUACAUGAAAGAAUCAUUUCACCUACAAUCAAUUCUAUAAUAACUGCUCAUUCUUUGUAUUAUUAUAAAGAUGAAAGUUAUUUGCUCACUGAACUUUGUUCUCAUGGAACGAUCGUGGAUGCUAUAAAUACGGCUAAAAGAGAGAAUUCUACAAUGGAUGAAAUUUUGGUAAUUUUUUUCACUGUUGAACUUAUGAAAAUAGUUGAAGCAAUACAUGAAGCGGGAAUAAUUCAUGGUGAUAUAAAAGCGGACAAUUGUUUGUUGAGGUUGGAACGAACAGUUGAGUGGGAUGCUCAAUAUGAUCCAUCAGGUGCUGGUGGUUGGUCAAAGAAAGGAAUUAAACUAAUCGACUUUGGAAGAGCAAUCGAUGCUACAUUAUUUCCUCCUGAUAUGAAAUUUAUAGCUGAUUGGAAAUGUGAUGACCAAAAUUGCGUGGAGAUGAGAGAAGGUAGACCAUGGAAAUGGCAAGCAGAUUAUUAUGGUCUGGCUGGUGUAAUACAUUGUAUGUUACAUAAUGAAUAUAUGCAGAUUACUCCUGUACGAAUGGAUGUUGAUUCAUUCUCAUCAGGUACAACUAUUUCGACAAAAAAAUAUAAGCCAAUACAAUCUUUCAAACGCUAUUGGCAAGGAAACCUAUGGGGUAGGUUAUUUGAUAUGCUACUGAACCCAUCAUUAGUUCGUUCAGACGGACGAUUACCAAUAACUCAAGAACUAAAUAACAUAAGGAGAGAGUUUGAACAGUAUUUGAUUGCUAAUUGCGAAAAAAUUGGAAAAGAGCUAAAAGCACAAUUGAAACGAUUAGAAGUUAAUU